GAAGAAAAAUGACCGGCAGCUGCCAGUUUGGUUCUUCUUUUUCUUCUUCCUUCAGCUUGUUCUUUCGCUUGAUGACACACAAUAGCAUUUGACCUUUUGCCCUGUUAGAGUAGUUUCGGUACUACCAGAAACUAUUGACAGCAACCAUGGAGGGAAUGAUGCAAGCUUUCGGCAACAGCAGCAACAGUAUGUUGUCUGCCUGGGGUUUCAAGCCCAAAGAGAGGGAAGACGAAGAACUGGAAGAAACCAAGACCGUCAAGACAGUGCAAGAAGUCAAUGCCGAGUCCAUGCUGGGCAAUCUACACAACAAUAUCAAUUUUUUCUUUGACAAGUUGGAACUCAAUGAAGAUGUGCUGGGCAUUGAUUACAUUCUGCUAUUACGGGCCCUCUGUCACAACACGACAGUUCGCUUUCUCACCAUUGGCAGCAGUUUCUUGGGAUCCCUCAACACGGACGAAGAAGUCCGCAUUCUGUUGGAGAUUGCCGCCAGCAUGCCCAAACUGGAAACCUUACGUGUGACGUUUGUACGCGAAAUGGCCAUGGAAGCCAAGGUGGUGUCGGACAUUAUCGGUCGCACCAGCAUGCUCAAAGAGUUGCAUCUGGUGGAUUUGGAACUUCCCGGGGAUGACUACGACAUGGAAUCGCUGGGGGAAGUUCUGGAAAAACUCACCAGUCUGAAAAGUUUUUCCAUGCUCAACCUUGGUCUGGAAGAAGCGGUAGAUGAAUCCGAUCCAAUCACACCCGAUCACAUUGUCAAUUCGCUCUCCGGAUUGCCCGCAUUGGAACAUGUGGAAAUUACCAUGAGAAGAAAGUUCCUUUGGGAAGGUGAUUCUCUGGGCGUCCUCUGUGAUUCCUCAACCCUCAAAAGCCUCAAACUCGAAAAUAUGACUCUAUCCAUAGCCCAAGUGGCUUCCAUUGCAUCAUCCUUGAAUGACAACACGACAUUGACAUCUUUGCAACUACGUCACUGUGGUUUGGAUGAUGAAUGUUGGAGAGCCGUGGCCAGUAUCCUCCCCGAAAACGGCACUUUGCAGCACUUGGAUCUUUCCCAAAACGACAAACUGGAUGACGAUGGAUGCUUUGUCAUUGGAAGUUGCUUGGAAGGAAACACGGCAAUGAAAACACUCAAAUUAUACAACGACGAAGGAUCCGAGGUUACCAGCCGUGGCGUCACGUCAUUGUUUCGAAUGGUGGAAAAGAACAGUGCCUUGGAGUGCUUGGAAAUGUCCUAUACCGCCAGCGAUGCCGUCGGAUUCAAGUCCGUGGCGGAUGCGUUGGUACGGAAUUCUUCGUUGAAACGACUCUAUGUGGAGAAUCAUGGGAAAGCGGUCAGUACCACCGGAGUGGUGGCGAUUGCCAGAGCCUUGGAAAGUGGCAAUCAAGGACUCGAAGAGAUUGCCAUUAUUUUUGAUGGUAUUGACAAUGAUGGCGUCUUGGCAUUGGCAAAGGCCGUCGAAAAGAAUUCCACGUUGAAGCACUUUACGUUUAACCGUGCGGAAUACCGACGAGCCUUCAAGCCGGCUCCUCCGUCGAGUGGCGAUGUUGUGCAACGAAUGUCAUUGAUGAUGACGACUGACUUGUGAAGUCGUGCAACGAAUGAGUGAACGUGUGUAUUUAUUAUUGCAGUCAGCCAGCCAACAAAAGCUUUGGAUCAAUCUACAAAGAGACAAAAAACACACAGAGCUAGACCCUGCCGCAUAUAGUUGGAAAGAAGCGGCCACCUGCUGAAGAGAUACUAAUAGUGAUUGGGAAGGACGGACAGGAGUUUUCGAUUCGAAAAUUUUCAACUGAGGUUCCUCGUGGCUUCAUCAGGAAUGAAAAUAUAUAUUGUGAUAGUAGCUAAUAACAAACUUGUAACUUCCAUAGAAUCUGAUGCUCUACC